UCGGUAGAGAUCUGUCUCUUAUUAAUUUCGCAAAAGUAAGUGUACACGACCGUUCUAUGUCACAGAUCAGGUCAAAUCGUUGAGAAAUCGAGAAGAGAUCAAGUCAAUGGUUCCAAUCAAUGACCUUCAGCUCAAACAAUGACCUAGGUGCUUGAAACUGAAUGGCUGCGAUGGGCUAGUCUGUCGCGUGUCGAAUUUUCGAUAGAUAGAUCAUUUGUGCUUGCUUAUAUAUACAUUUUUUACAUGAUCGUCGGGUGAAUCGCGGGACUAAGUGGAAUAAGUAGAACGGAAGUUUUCAUGGAAGAUUCAGUGAAAUACCCUAGUGAAAUUUAUCAUUAUCCGAAAGGACCGGAGUACCUCGUGGUGGCUCGACUCGGUUGAGAUGGUUACGACAAACUUUCCGAUGAUGCGACCAUGUUUCACUGGAUAUCCCUUUCAAGAGUUAGGCUCGAUACCGGGCCAGGGGCGCGUAAAUCAGCUCGGCGGGGUCUUCAUCAAUGGACGUCCGUUACCUAAUCACAUCCGGCUCAAAAUUGUCGAGAUGGCCGCAUCAGGGGUCAGACCUUGCGUUAUAUCGAGACAAUUAAGAGUGUCCCAUGGAUGCGUAUCGAAGAUUCUAAACCGCUAUCAGGAAACUGGUAGCAUCAGACCUGGCGUCAUCGGUGGAAGCAAACCCCGCGUGGCUACGCCAGAAGUGGAAGCAAGGAUUGAAGAGUACAAGCGUGACAACCCGGGUAUGUUUUCGUGGGAAAUUAGAGAUCGGCUUAUCAAGGAGGGUAUCUGUGACCGGACCAGCGCGCCGAGUGUGUCCGCGAUUUCUCGACUACUCAGGGGUCGCGAUCCCGAAGACGACGUCAAACUUGGCGACGGGAAAACGAGUUCCGGAUCCGAUUGUGACAGCGAACCGGGACUUCAAUUGAAGAGAAAACAACGUCGGAGCAGGACGACCUUCACGGCCCACCAGUUGGACGAGUUGGAACGAGCCUUCGAGAGAACUCAAUAUCCCGACAUUUACACUAGAGAGGAACUUGCCCAAAGGACCAAGCUGUCGGAGGCUAGAAUUCAAGUGUGGUUCAGCAAUAGAAGAGCUAGAUUGAGAAAACAUAUUUCUUCGACCUCAACUGGAUUUGUUAGUUCCGUGGCAUAUCCGGCUCCCUCGUACGUUCUUCAUUCGUCAGCGCCACCUCAUCCGCAUCCUGGAGCGACGGUGCCACCGGGUCAUCCUCAUGGGCAGAGUCUGUCCGAUGCAGCGUUCGCUUCCAGUCAAGUUCCAGAAUUGUACUCAUCCCAUCACGCACCAAUGUCUCAUCAAUUGGCGACGGAUUCUGCGGCGCGGCUUACUUCGUCCAUCGGCUCGACUCCGGCUUACAGUUUCCCGGCCACAGUUACUUAUCCUAGCCCGAUGCUUCCGUCGACCACAUCCACGACGACUCACAUGGCUCAUCAGGCGACCUCCACUUCAUCCAGCUAUCAGCAAACAAGCGGUCAUCAGCUGCCAGCCCCGAGUCCUCUCAUCACUAUGAUGGGACCGAAUUCUGGCAACUCGAACUCCGCUUCUGAUCAAUUGACCUCGUCGGAGCUGCCAAUCAGUUCGGUUUCACCCGCCCAACAGCAACAGCAGCAGCAACAACAACAACAACAGCAGCAGCAGCAACAAGCGCAACAACAGACCAGUCAUGGAGCAACACCGACGUCAUGGAAUCUUGCGAUCACCGCUAACAGCGGUAGAGUGAAUCUCCCGAGUCCGCCAUCCAAUUUACAGCAACCUCACACUUAUGGUACUUUCACCAGUCAUUAUACGGCGCAGAACUUUCAACCGCCCAGGCCUGCGCCGCAAUACUGGUACUGAGAAGUGUGAAAACGAAUUUUGCAUGAGACGGGCGUGACUUUGAGAGUGCGACCAAAUCAGACCACAAAGAAGUAAGUCCCUCCAGAAAGCUUUGAUAUUUCAAAAUUUAUUUUUCAAAGAUAUCUGUGAGCUCAAAAUUAUAGGACAUGAUGUGCAUCUUAUUUGACAGUUCUGAUUUUGAUUUUGGCGACUAUUUUCAAAAUUAGGUCAAAAUUACAUCAAAUUCUUAAAAUGAAAUUUCUUAAUUGCAUAUUUUUAUAACUGCUCAAGAUUUAAAAACAAAUGUAAUUAAACAAAUAGCAUUUAAAUUUUCUUUCGUUAAGAAUUUUCCAAACUACUGAAUUACUUGAAUCAUCGAAUUUGCGGUACCGUCGGUAUUUUUUAAUCAAGGUGUACCACGCAAAAGCUAGAAGGUCGGAUGUACAUCUUUGUGUAUAUAUAUAUACAUGUGUGUGUGUGUGUCAUAAAAAAAUCAAGAAUCCGUAGUUUGUUACUGCUACUGAUAUUUAUUAUUUAAUGACACAUACUAAGCAAGCGUCGGAAACAAUAAAAUUCAGUUUUCAAUAGUCUGAUUUAUUGUUAAUCAGAAAGAGAGAAAGAGAACGUAAACGAGAUGUCUGCACAUGCAAAAUAAUAUACAGUGCACUUAAUAAACAUUUAUGUAAUACUGCUCGAACAUAGAGCAGAAAAUUACAAAAUGAUUAUAAGUCCUUAAUUUAUUUAAAAAUAAGUCGCACGAGAGAAUGACAAAGUUCGUAAUAAGAUUAAUAUUAUUUAAUACUCGAACGGUCGAGUCGCCGGUCGCACGAGUGUGAUAAUUGGCAAAGAAGUUCGAAAUCGAAUAAAAUAUACUGACAGAAGAUCUUAGUUCGAACUCUAAUACUGAUACAAGUUCUUGCAAAAUCAAGGAGUUCGAUUAUUUAGGGAUGUGACACUCAAUUCAUAAAGUACAUACCCUAUUAUACAUAUAAAAUGACAAAAAUUCAAUUUGUUAGAGAGAUUACAAGUGAUACAAUAUUUGUAAUUGCAUUUCUUGGUAAAAAAAAACCGCGAUCAUUCGAUUCCAGCAUCCACAACAUAAUUUCUGACGCAAUAAUCCCGACUAUGACAAGCGCGAGCUUACAUAUAUCAUGACAAAAUUAUAGAUCACACAUACAUAAAAAAAUUACUGAGAUGCGUGCCGGUUUGUUUGUAUCUUACGCUCAUGAUAAAUCUCAAAGAGACUGAAAUUCGAUAUCUUAUCUAGUAAACUGACUAUUUAAUUAAAUUGACAAUUUUGCAAUAUCAAUCGCUCACAUAAGACCGAUUGCCCUACUUAAUUUAAAAUCAUUAUUAUCGAUAAUGUCGAAAGUACCAAAAAUCACCGAAAUAAAGAAGAGAAACAAAGAAAGAAGACACAAAAACCAGAAUAAAUAAAAAAAAAAGUAUUAAGAGAGAAAUCACAGAAAAAUCAAGAUUUUCAACUAGAUAGCUUGUGUAUGGAUAUAUGCCCAUCUCGUGUUAGUUGAUGCGAGACGCUCUUUUUAUCAUGUCUCUCAAUUACUUAUAAUAAUUUACAUUAGACUUUAGAUAGGUUUAGUUAUGAAAUUUUUAAAAAUAAUUUAGGAAUAAAGGAUAAUAUAAUACUAGAAUAAUAUGUAGGUUAAUGAAUAAUAAUAAUUAGCGAAUACAAAUUAAAGGGGAAAGUGCACUCUCCUUGAGAAAACGUGAAAUGAUGACUAAAUAACUAAAAUAUUCAAAAUUUUUUUUAUUAUUUAACAAAAAAAAUAAUUUCCCAAAUAUUUUAAGCUAUAUAAAACAGUUUCUAAAUAUAUCUAAGUGCCUCAAAAAAUGUUAACAUAUUCAUACAUGCAGUUCUAAAGUAAUAAGUUGGUUUAACCAAUAU